AUGACUGUCGCAGACUCCUUGUCCCGAAGUCCAGUAGUGAGCACCGAGCCUGAAGAAUUUGGAGAAGAAAUCGAGGCUCAUGUCGCUACAAUCCAGAUGUCAUGGGAUGCCACGGAUAGCACACUUGACGAAAUCAGAAACGAGUCUCAACAGGAUCCAGCGAUCAGUGCUGCGAUACAGUACACCAGAGGCGUUUGGCCGAAAUUCAUUCAAAACGUCAGGUCCGAAGCUCGCGACCCCUACGCAGUCUCCAGUGAACUGAGCGAAGUCCAUGGACUACUAGUCAGAGGCAACCGAAUCGUAAUCCCCAAGGCAAUGCGAGGAGAGAUGCUCAGCAGGAUCCACGACGGUCACCUCGGAGUGUCGAAGUGUCGAGAACGGGCCAAAUCUUCCAUUUGGUGGCUUGGUCUCAGCUCCGAGAUACGGGAAGUCGUCUCAAGAUGCAACCAUUGCCAGCAGAAACGUCCAGCACAACCAAGCGAACCUCUAACCCCGACAACUCUACCUGAGCGGCCGUUCCAAAUGGUUGGUGCUGACCUCUGCAACUACAAGGGACAUGACUACCUGGUACUCGUGGACUACUUUUCACGGUUCUUAGAGGUGGCCUACAAUCCAGACACCACCUCAGAGACUGUUGUGUACAAACUGAAAAACAUCUUCGCUCGGUUUGGCAUUCCAGAACUACUGGUGACUGACAACGGUCCCCAGUUUGUGUCAGACCGUUUCCACAAGUUCGCCAAGGGCUGGGGGUUUAAACACACGACCAGCAGUCCUCAUUUUCCCCAGAGCAACGGCGGGUCGGAGAGAACAGUCGAGGAAGCGAAGAAAGCCUUGAUUCAGGACGACCCAUUUCUCGCACUCCUGAUCUACAGGUCUACACCGGUGUCACCGACGGGGGCGAGCCCAGCGGAACUUGCUCUUGGGCGACGCCUGAGGACGACCCUGCCAACUCUACCGUCAAACCUGAAUCAGCAGGUCUACGAAAGGGCGAAGAUUGCAGCCAGAGACGCUAAGUCGAAGCGUAAGUACAAACAAGUUUUGACAGACGUCACGGAGCCCAGAACCUCCCGGAGCUGA